AUGCCGCUGUGGCCAUUCCGUCGUAAGAGCGGGCGCAAACGCCCUCGCAGCGGUGCCGCCUUUUCUGAUGUGGAGGGGCCGCCGGUCAGGAGUCAAACUGAAGGGGCCGUCACCAGAGCGGAUUCCAAGAAGAAGCAGCGCAUUGGCACGAAUAAGGCUGAGCGUGGACAACGCACAUACAGCUUCUCACCAGGGAAGAAGGAUGAUUUGGGACCAGCACAGCGGCGGCAGGCGUCGCCAGAUCGAGCCGGACCGAGCACUCGCAGGCGCGACGACGCGGACGCAUCACAACCAUAUCCUUGGACACGCACACCGACGUUGCACCACAAGACAAGCCGAAGUGAUACAUCCAGAAGGAAAAGUACCAAAAGAAAACAAGAGGAAAAAGACAGGGCCGCGGAAAUCAAGGCCCUCAGCGAGUUUCAACCUGUGCGGCCGACGACCGAAUCAUGGAAUGCUGGACGACCCAUGAAGAAGGACAGUAGGCGUGUCAAGGCCACAUCUGGCCUGGGACGACAUCCGGCUUCGGACAUUUCACUACCUAUCCCUGGGUCUGUCCACUCGAGCCUUUCGUCGGACUCUGAAUUUGGAGCUUUCAAGGUAUCUGCGCUGGAUGCGCUGGCGCCUCGGCCGACAUUGCGCUACUCACAGGGCACACGUUGGACUGGUUCCAGACAUGCAGGCCAGCCUCACGCCACAUACCCGCGAAAGGACCUUGAGAAAGAACCCAUUGCAGAGGAGCCAUUCAGAGGUCAUCGUCGUGUGGACGACUUGGCCGACGAACUGGAUGCAAGAGAUCUGCGCGAGCUGAUGGAGCGCGAAGAUCGCAGACAGGAGAAGAAGCGACAACAAGAACAAGAAAGAGCACAACGGCGGCUUAACCGGCAGGCGGAACGACAGAAGCGCGAAGAAGCGGCCAGCCGGGCAGCAGGCACACCACCAGAAAAUCUCGAACGAGGCACUGCAGGGCGUGCUGUUGGCCUGGGCAUUGACCCAGCAUCAGCUGUAGUCACCACGUCUGAGCCUGAGCCCGAGUCUAAGCCCGAGCCGGCACUACGACAUUCGACAGUGUCGGAGCCAAUGCCUGAUGCUCCCGAGCAGGCUGUAAUUGAAGAAGAAAAUCAACUCGAGAAGCUGGACAGCGCACAGCCCACCAUUACCGCAGGAUCGCAACACCCCAAUGAAACAGUUGAACCCCAAGAUUCUGCAACGUCUUUGGGCCAGAGCUCUCGCUUUGCCGGGAUACUGCGGUCGAAGAAGUCCAAAUCCAGAUCAACCUUGGCGUCGGAACGAGACCGUAUAAUGUCGCCUCCACCUGAAAUCAUUGACGAGGAAGGUAACGCCCGCCAAGGGUCUUGGUCCACCGAAUCCAAGCGAGGACGUUUCUCCCUCACAUCUUUCAUUCGAUGGGGUGGCAAGAGCAAGCGACAUUCCGGAGGCCCACCGUCUUCUUUUUCGAAUACUUCACGUGAGGAGAUGCAGGCCGCGGCCGCCGCGCAAAAUCCUGCGCAGGCUCACCAUGAAGCCCUCGCAAAGUUGCAGGGAGACGACGCCUUCUCCGGUGGCGAGACGUCGACAACAGGCAUCUACAUGGCGCGCAAGACGAGCGCGGGAGCGGCCUUGCGUAUGAGGUCGCGAUUCCGCGAGGACUUGCCAGAGUACCCCAUGUCUCCCCCGGAUUCGCGACUUCAGUCCCCGGAGGUAGAGCCAGCCCUAGCCACGAUUGCGCAGUCGCCCACUGAGCCAGUGGCUAUCCCCGGCUCAAGUAAGGCCGCAGCCCAUCUUUCCUCGACUUCGGCCGAGCCCAUCACAUCGAUGUCGCUGGCAUCUAUCGACUCUGAAGGGUCGUGGCUCUCGGGUCGCGUCAAUUCCAAACGCUCUGCCAUCCGCGGCAGCAUUGCUCGGGCCAACCGUCGCGAGCAAGUAAGUGCCUCCCCGUCCAACAGCACGCAAGAGGACCUGGCCAUUGCCGACGACGAUUACCUAGCUCGCCUCGCGCCCCAUCGCCAUUCGGGCCACAUGCACGCGCCACGACGUUCGGAGGAUGGGCGCCCUAGCAGCGACGAAGAAGACUUUGGCACUCGCGAAUCCGGUGCCCGCUGGGGCGCCAUUGGAGCCCGCCCCCAGGUGAUACACGUGCACAGACAUGAUCGGAUGACAAUGCAGAGCCACGAAGGGCUACUCAACAUUGAAUCAGGGGACGAGGCGGAAAGCGAGUCCCCUGUGACGCCAUCUGCUCACGAGCAGGCUGACCUACGUCGCGCUCAGAGCGUGAACCUGGGAAAGGGUGGGCACGCCCGCAACUUCAGUGCCGGCAGUGCCAAGUUGCUUGAACUCACUCCUCGCACGUCUGUUGACAGCAAAGCAAAGAGUAACGAGCGUCGAAGGUCAAGUGGGCAGCUGAUGAGUUUUUGA